AUGGUUCUACACGAGUUGAUCGUGUCGCUGUCGGAUAAUCCAUACUUUGGGGCGGGAUUCGGCCUGUUCGGAUUGGGCACCGCAGCGGCAUUUGCUCGAAAGGGCUUCCAGAUUGGCAUGUUGGUUUUCCGUCGAAAGUGCAUGAUAUCCGUCGAAGUAACCAGCGAAGACAAGUGUUAUUCAUGGUUUGUUUUCAUCUAUCUUAUUGACCACAUUCGUGCAUAUCGUUCUUCAUCCCAUAUGCUAUCCCCGCUGCCAGACUGCGAGGACAAAGUUCUUGGUGGCAUCAUGAGACGUGAGCAGGUUCAUCAGUUUCUCGACGACAAGCAGCUACUGAAAUGGAUAAACGACAAUGCGGCGGCGCAGACUCAGCACGUCAGCGUCGAGACCAGCUAUCAUCAGAGCGACGGAGGCAAAGUGUCAACCCGUUUCACUUUCAUGCCAAGUCCCGGCGAUCACUACAUCAAGUACAACGGAAGGUGGCUGAAAAUCGAACGCAACAGAGAAAAGCAGAUGGUCAGCUUGCAGCACGGCACACCGUACGAAACUGCCAUCAAGCAGUUACAAAGUGGCACCGUUGUGUUCGCCGCAGCCGGUGCCGAAUGGCGUCAGUUUGGCCAUCCGCGGCGUAAGAGACCACUUGACUCAGUUAUACUGGACAGGGACGUAAAGGAACGCUUGGUGGCGGAUGUUCAAGAAUUCAUUCGCAGUUCGCGUUGGUACGUCGACAGAGGCAUUCCGUAUCGACGUGGUUAUCUGCUGUACGGUCCACCGGGAUGUGGCAAAAGCAGCUUCAUAAUGGCAUUAGCAAGCGAGCUUGAGUUCAGUAUUUGCAUGCUGAGCCUUAGCGAACGCACGCUGACCGACGACCGUCUCCAGUACCUGUUGAACAUUGCCCCGCUGCAGAGCAUUAUCUUGCUGGAGGACGUUGACGCCGCGUUCAUCGCCAGGGAGGAUCAAUCGGACCGUACGUAG